AUGGCUACUGUAUCGACUCCAGUAAGACAGCCAUUUGGUAUCGUCAACGAGACGAAGUUGCGGAAUUUACAGAGCAUUAAAAACAGACAGAAUGCAUUAACCCCAAACUCAGCACCUAGUCUCAAACGACGAGCUGCUUCUCCCGAGCUUUCAGAUUCUGAAAAUAUCGAUCCCUCGCACUUUGAGUCCAGCAUCAAGAGGAAAAGGGCGGCAAUCGAAGAUGAUGUCUCGCUAGCCAAACAACCACGAUUGCUUACCACCAAGGUCAUACCCACUGCUUACACCACGACGAAAUUCAGCACUCCGCCCACAACAGUCUCGCGUCCUGAGAAUCUUUUCCAUCCGAGCACUCAGGCCCCUCUAUCAGCUCCUGCCGCAGCCGGUCGCUCUCCUACACGUGUUUCCAAUAGAAGCAAACUCGACAAGUCAGCACCACGGCGUCGCUUUGCUCCUCCCUCUAUCAAGGCUGCUCCUACUCUCUCAGUCGCAGCAGCACUCCGGGGCACUCUCGCCCACAAAAAACCAUCCUCUUCUCGUUCCAGACGAUCCACAGGCCCCACUCUCGGGGAAAGCAAGCCCCAGUCAUGGUUCUUUGACAUCUACGAAGAGCCCGAGGACCAGCAGGACUACCGUAUGUGUGAGUGGACCAUGACACAAUCCUCGGCCGCACUCGACAUCUCUGACGACGAGGGCAAACCUGGCAAGUCCUCUGACAAACACAAUGGCGAGGAUAGAGGAAAGGAGAACGUCGAUCCAAAUGAGAUGGCUACACCUCCUGUGCCUGUGACAAGGCCAUCUUCUGCUACUGCUGCUGCCGUCACUGCGGAACAGGAUGGAGAUAAGAUGGCCGCCGAGGAGCCUAGGACGCCCCUUGGUGACCUGAACGCCUCGGAGUUCUACGGUGAAGGCUUGAACGCCACUAGUGUUGUGCUCGUCCAUGAAGAUGUUCCCGCCGACGAAGUCGACUCUCAAGCCGAAGCCCAAGAUACAGAGCUCACCACUCCCGAACAGUCCAGCGAACCACCAUUAGUCGCAGCAGUGGCAGAAGACUUCACCUUCACCUCUCAGCACGAGCCUCGGAUCAAUGCUGAGCCGGAAGUAAUGCCAGAAGACAUUCCGGAUUGGGUCCAGAGAACAUCACUCACCUUUGACAUCCUCAAUGACCAAGACGAUACUGCUAAGCUCAUGCCCAGCGCCGACACUGGUGACAUCGAGAUAUGGGAAAGCGAAAGUGCAAAGGACGAGAACGAGCAUCAACAGCAAGAAGAUGAAGAACAAUACUCAAAUCGUGUCGUCAUUGGUGCAGGGCAGACGAUCUCGUUGUCGCGAACAUGCUUGCAGGAGAUGGCAUAA